CCCUAAAUUAAACUACACCCGCUCCUUUCAAGUUCUUCCUUUCUCUCUCUACAAUCCUCACAACCCCCCCCUCUCUCUCCUAAUUUUCUUCCAAAACCCUGUACGUCAUCUAUACAUACAGUCGUGUAUCCAUAGCUUGCAGGGCACGCACCCAGACUCUCAGUGCAUUUAUUUUGUGGGGAGUUGAAGUCGGCUUGGUUUCAAUUGUCGUGGCGGUUUGAUGCAAUCGGUCUCUGCUGGUUGCGCUGGGGAGGUUUAAUGUGAUGACUAUUGUAGCCUGCCGAUGGCUGUUUGCACAAUUCAUCGUGCGCUUUCGUUGGGCUUGAUGGGAUUGGUAGCCGUCUUAGUGCUGUCAAUCUUGGUGAACCCUAGGUCGGUUGUUGCUGAAUCCGAUUUUGACUUUGAUGUUGACUCGGACGCUUUUUUGUUCCACAAUGACUACUCUCCUCCGGCGCCGCCACCUCCGCCGCCGCAUCCACCGUCGGCGUCGUGUGCCGUCGAUUUCGCCGGAGUUGGCUCUUUAGACACCACCUGCGAGAUUGUCUCCAGUUUGAACCUAUCAAAAAAUGUGUAUGUGGAAGGCACGGGUAAUUUUAGAAUUGCCGAUAACGUUACUCUGAACUGUUCGUCGUUUAGUGGAUGCGAGCUUGCUAUCAAUGUUACCGGGAACUUUACUCUGGGGGAUAAUUCUUCCAUAAUAUGCGGCACUUUUCAGUUAGUCUCAGAUAACGCUAUUUUUGGCAAUGAUUCUGUUGUUAAUACUACUGGUUUAGCUGGGUCUCCCCCACCCCAGACAAGUGGGACCCCGCAAGGGGUGGAAGGUGCUGGUGGCGGGCAUGGUGGAAGGGGUGCGGCUUGUCUGAGUAAUAACAGUAAGCUUCCGGAAGAUGUAUGGGGCGGGGAUGCUUACUCCUGGUCAACUUUGGGGAAGCCCUGGAGUUAUGGGAGUAAAGGUGGGACGACGAGCUACUAUGUAGAUUUCGGAGGUGGAGGAGGGGGAAGGGUAAUGUUACUGGUAUCAAAUGUUUUGCUUGUAAAUGGCAGUAUCUUGGCCGAUGGUGGAGAUGGAGGUGCUAGAGGUGGAGGCGGGUCUGGAGGCAGCAUCUACAUCCAAGCACAUAGAAUGACGGGAAAUGGCAGAAUAAGUGCUUGUGGUGGUGAAGGUUUUGGUGGUGGUGGUGGUGGUAGAGUUUCUGUCAAUAUUUUUAGUCGGCAUGAAGAACCAGUCAUCGCAGCAAAUGGUGGAAGCAGUCUCGGUUGCCCUGAAAAUCAAGGUGCUGCGGGUACUAUUUAUGAGACUGUUCCUCGUACCCUUACUGUAAGCAAUAAUGGUAAUCCUACAAAUACGGAGACACUUCUCAUGGAGUUUCCUCAACCAUUGUUGACAAAUGUCUAUAUCCGGGAUGAUGCAAAGGCAGCUGUCCCAUUGCUUUGGAGUCGAGUCCAGGUUCAAGGGCAAAUAAGCCUUUUAUCUGGAGCAACACUAAGCUUUGGGCUUGCACAUUAUUCCAUGUCGGUGUUUGAACUUUUAGCAGAGGAGCUGUUGAUGAGUGAUUCUGAAAUUAGAGUUUUUGGGGCACUUCGCAUGUCUGUUAAGAUGUUUUUAAUGUUGAACUCAAAGAUGACAAUAGAUGGUGGUGGAGAUGAAAAUGUCGAGACAUCCUCCCUUGAAGCUAGUAAUCUUGUAGUCCUGAGGGGAUCAUCACUUAUUCAUUCAAAUGCAAACCUGGGCGUUCAUGGGCAAGGUCUUUUAAAUUUGACUGGACCAGGAGAUUGCAUAGAAGCACAACGUUUAGUUUUGUCGUUGUUUUAUGUCAUUAAUAUUGGACCUGGUUCUAUUCUGCGUGGUCCUUUAAGAAAUACCUCGGAUGAUGCUGUGAUGCCAAAGCUUUAUUGCGAUUCGGAAGAUUGUCCAGCCGAACUUCUUCACCCACCUGAGGAUUGUAAUGUGAACUCUUCUUUGUCCUUUACCCUGCAGAUCUGUCGAGUUGAGGAUGUCAAUGUUGAGGGUUUGGUUGAAGGUUCUAUUGUUCAUUUCCAUAGAGCAAGAACCAUCAGUGUCCAGGCUUCUGGAGUUAUAAACACAUCUGGAAUGGGCUGUCAUGGUGGCAUUGGUCAAGGAAUGGUAUUGAGUAAUGGUCUAGGUAGUGGUGGUGGGCAUGGAGGUAGAGGUGGAAUGGGCUGUUAUAAUGGCAGUUGUAUUCCUGGUGGCAUGUCAUAUGGAGAUGCUAGCUUGCCUUGUGAACUAGGCAGUGGCAGUGGCAAUGAAAGCUUGGCUAUAUCAACUGCUGGUGGUGGUAUUCUUGUGAUGGGUUCAAUGCGUCAUCCCUUGACGAGGUUACAGGUGGAGGGUUCUGUCAAGGCAGAUGGAGAUAGUUCUAAAUGGAGAUUUCAUAAGAGUGCAUUAAAUAAUAAUAGUGCGAAUUUGAGUCUUGGGGGUGGAUCAGGUGGUACUAUCUUGUUAUUUUUGCACUCUUUAGCUAUAAGUCAAGCUGGAAAUUUGUCAAGUGUUGGAGGCCAUGGUAGCUCAAUGGGUGGUGGAGGAGGGGGUGGUGGAAGAAUUCAUUUUCAUUGGUCAGACAUCCCUACAGGAGAUGUAUAUUUCCCAAUAGCCUCAGUGAAUGGAAGCAUUCAUGCCAGGGGUGGAUUAGGUGGCAAUGAAAGCCACAUGGGUGAGAAUGGUACCGUCACUGGACAAGCUUGUCCAAAGGGGCUUUAUGGAACAUUCUGUGAGGAAUGCCCGGAUGGCACUUUCAAAAAUGUCACUGGAUCUGACAGAUCGCUAUGCUUUCCAUGCCCAAGUGAUGAGUUUCCAAGUCGUGCUGUUUAUGUUCAUGUCCGAGGUGGAAUCACUGAAACUCCUUGUCCUUACAAAUGCAUUUCUGAGAGGUAUCACAUGCCUCACUGUUAUACUGCUCUUGAGGAGUUGGUAUAUACGUUUGGAGGUCCCUGGUUGUUUGGUCUUCUGCUUUUUGGACUAUUGAUAUUUCUUGCUUUGGUGCUGAGUGUUGCACGGAUGAAGUUCAUCGGGGUUGAUGAGCAACCGGGUCCUGCUCCAACCCAACAAGGCUCUCAGAUCGACCAUUCAUUUCCUUUCCUUGAGUCUCUUAACGAGGUUAUGGAAACUAAUAGAGUGGAAGAAUCUCAGAGUCAUGUGCAUAGAAUGUACUUUAUGGGCCCCAAUACUUUUAGUGAACCUUGGCAUCUUCCACAUAUGCCUCCCGAACAAGUAAAAGAAAUAGUAUAUGAGGUUGCAUUUAAUACAUUUGUGGAUGAGAUCAAUUCACUUGCUGCAUAUCAGUGGUGGGAAGGAGCAGUACACAGUAUUCUUUGCUUAAUUGCUUAUCCUUUUGCAUGGUCUUGGCUACAAUGGCGGCGGAGAAUGAAAUUGCAGAAAAUAAGAGAAUUUGUUAGAUCCGAAUAUGAUCAUGCUUGCUUACGUUCUUGUCGCUCACGUGCUCUGUAUGAGGGACUGAAGGUUGCUGCAACACCAGAUCUAAUGCUGGCAUAUGUUGAUUUUUUCCUUGGUGGUGAUGAAAAGAGAAAUGAUCUUCCUCCUCGUCUGCAUGAAAGAUUUCCAAUGUCUCUACUUUUUGGUGGUGAUGGAAGUUACAUGGCUCCUUUUGCACUGCAUAGUGACAAUGUCAUGACCAGCCUCAUGAGUCAGUCUGUGCCACCAACUACAUGGUAUCGUUUUGUGUCUGGGUUGAAUGCUCAAUUGCGUCUGGCAAGAAGAGGUUGCCUCAGAGUGACGUUUCGUCCAGUUCUUCAUUGGCUUGACACUUUUGCAAAUCCUGCAUUAAGGGUCUAUGGUGUCCACGUGGACCUUGCUUGGUUUCAAACUACUGCUGAGAGCUAUUGUCAUUAUGGACUUCUCAUAUAUGCUGUCAAUGAAGAAACUGACCUCGUGCCAUUAUCUGUUCCAGACGGACUACCUGGGAGUGAGCAAUGGUCAAGCUCAGAAGAUAUGUAUUUGAAAGAUGAGCCUUCAAAGAUGUCUUACCUGAGUCGAAUGCCGAGAAGCAAUGAUAGUGAAGAAGGCACUUUGAGGAGGAAGGUUAAUGGCACAAUUAUAGAUGUUAAUAGCCUGAAGGUGCUGGAAGAGCAAAGAGAUAUAUGCUUUAUUCUCUCUGUUCUCAUUCACAACACUAAGCCAGUUGGGCAUCAGGAUCUCGUUGGCUUGGUAAUCUCGAUCCUGCUACUUGGAGAUUUUAGUCUAGUACUGCUCACAUUGCUCCAGUUGUAUUCGUUUUCCCUAGCAGAUGUCUUUCUUGUUCUGUUUAUUAUACCCCUUGGUAUUUUACUUCCCUUUCCGGCUGGAAUUAAUGCUCUAUUCAGUCAUGGACCAAGGCGUUCUGCAGGUUUGGCACGCUUGUAUGCUUUGUGGAACGUCGCUUCCCUGAUAAACAUUGUUGUUGCGUUCAUCUGUGGUUUUGUUCACCACCGUCAAUCAAGUGGGAGCAUCCCAUACUUCCAGCCAUGGAAUAUGGAUGAAAAUGAAUGGUGGAUUUUUCCUCUUGCCCUUAUUUUGUGUAAAUGCAUCCAAUCAAAGCUUGUAAAUUGGCAUGUGGCAAAUCUAGAGAUUCAGGAUCGAUCGCUGUAUAGUAAUGAAUUUGAAUUGUUCUGGCAGUCGUAGUUAUUGCUGAGCAAAAACAUCCACACUAACGUCCCACCAUUUUUUAUUGGGUCUUAUUGCUAUGUGUUUAUCUAUAUAGCAAGGCUUUUAGAGAAUAGAUUGUUGACACGAUGUAGAAGAAAAGAAGUUAUAUCACAGAAGGGGAGGGGGAAGACAAUAGAUGUUAGUAACAAAGGCAUUUGUUUUAUAGCCUUAUGUUGUGCAGUUAUAUUCCUUUUUCCCUUGUAAAUAUCAAGAUGGGAUAUUCCCAUGGUUCUUUAGGCAUCAUACCUCUUGGCAUCUAAUAAUGUAUUUACGAAAUCAUUGGUUUAUGUAAUGGCCUUUGCUUUACAAUAUAUCUCUAUGUUUCUGCUUUA